AUGCUCCUGGACGAUAUUCGCUACCUCGCCUACCUGCUCGUCUCCAGCCCUGCCUUCCAGCUGCUCUUCCCCUUUCUUAUUCUCUUCCUCGUCCCUCUCCUCGUCCUCUCCCUCCACGCUCGCAAAGCCGCCAUCGCUGCCUCCAUUUUAAUGGUCCUCGAAGCACUUGCCUACGCCCUCCCCUGGAACUGGUUCGACUCCCAUUCGACACCCGCCCAUGCAGAGAAGAGGAAGUCCCGCAAGAAGGCCGUCCGCACCCGCGCAGACGAGCUCGCCAGCAGGAAGGCCGAAAACCAUGAGCUCUCAGAGCACCUUGCGGCUGACGGGGGUUACUACCCUGGGCUCGUCAAUAUCUCUGGCACGUAUUGCUUCAUGGACUCCACCCUGCAGGCGAUGGCCUCCCUCACAUAUCUGCAGCCCCACAUAGAUGCCAUCCACGCCAAAGCCGUGGCGCUAGACGUACCCACCCCCGUCGUAGACGCCCUCCGCGCGCUCCUCCACACCCUGAACACCCCCAGCUCUGCACCCUCAGCCCUGCGCCCCAUCGAGAUGAUCAGCGCUCUCUCCGCAUCAUCCUCCGCGCGGCACAAUUCCCUCUUCUCCUCGCGCGAGCACCAGGACGCCCAAGAGCUUUUCCAGCUGCUCUCCGAGUGCAUCAAGAAUGAAGCGGCCGCCGUCGACCGCGAGGGGCACAGAGACCGCGGACUCGGUGCGCUCGCGCACGCCGAGGGCCCUGCCUCCCGCGAGAUAGGUACGAGCGUCUUCGACGGGCUUACCGCGAAUCGCCGAAGUUGCAUGGAGUGUGGGUACACCGAGGCGGUCAUGCACUUCGCCUUCGACAACUGGCAAUUGGCUGUCCCCCGGCUUACGUCGGCGUGCAGGCUCGAGGACUGCUUGGAGGAUUACACGAGACUUGAGAUCCUGACGGACUGCGUCUGCCGCAAGUGCUCCAUGCUCGCGACGUACUACCGGCUACAGCAGGAAGCAGAGAAGCUGACGGAGGCUGCGGAUGUGCACGAAUCCAGUCCGUCGAAGAAGAAGCGGGCGCGCGAGGCACGGAAGUUGCUUGCACGCGUAAAGGCUGCGAUAGACCAGGGUCGGAUCGAGGAGGACAUCAAAGGCGUGAAGAUGGAACGAGUGUUCAGCAAGGCAUCGACUAAGCAGGCGAUGAUAGCCAGACCUCCGCGCGUGCUCGCACUACAUCUCAACCGUUCCGUCCACUAUGGCCACUACGCGGGCAAGAACACCUGUCGCGUACUCUUCCCCGAGAUCCUCGACCUGACACCAUACACCACCUCCGGCCAGCUCUCGACCGUCCCCUCCGUACCCAUAUCCACACCUGCGCCCGCACUACCGCGGAGCACGACCCCGACGCCUGCGAGCGUCUCCGCACCACGCACGCUCUACCGCCUCGCCGCCGUCGUCUGCCACUACGGCGCCCACUCCUUCGGGCACUACGUCUGCUUCCGGCGCAAACCGCGGCGGCACGCAACGCCUCCAACCCUAGCGUGCCCGCUCAGCUGUGAGUGCCCCCGUUGCGCGCGCUUCGGGCCCGUGCGCGACGACGCGGACCCAGAUCCGGACGCCGCGCGCCCCGGGUGCGGCUGGCUCCGCGUGAGCGACGACAGCGUACGCGAGUGCGGGCUCGAGAGCGUGCUGCAGGAGGGCGCGGGCGUGUUCAUGCUCUACUACGAGCGCGUCGUCCUCCCGCGCGGCGGGCCGUACAUGGUGCGCUCACCGCGCAGCUCCGAAGAGACGCUGCGCCCCGAGGGCGUGCGCGCGAACGGCUCGUGGGCGUCCCUCGCCAGCGAGGACGGCGGAGUUGUGCUGCAUACGCCGGUGCCGAAGGCGGUUGGGCCGCGCAUUGUGCGUAAUGUGUCGGCGCAGGUGCGCGGAAUGUCGCGCUCGCCGUCGGCCCGCGAGGAGGGCACCCCUCAGCCGCUUCCGAAGAUGCUGAACGGGAAGUUGCAUGCGGGCCUUAAUGGGGAUGCAGUGCUGCCAAAUGGAGACGCUUUUCUACCACCACAAGACAGAGAUGCAGCUCUAACGACCCAAGACGGAGGUGCAGUUCUAGCACUACAAGACGGAGAUGCAGUUCUAGCACCGCAAGACCGCAAAUAUGAAUCAGAACCUGAACCGGAACUGAACGGCGUCGUCGAAGCGACAAUAGCUGCGCCUGCUCCGAGCGUCGAGCCUAAGUCUGAGCAUGAAGCAGCACCCGCGACGUCGCCGACAGCCGCUUCCCCGCGCGUCCCCGCAACCGCAGCGCAUCGCCUCACCAGCGGGGCGCCCGCCGUCCCCCACGCGAAUGGUCGGUCUGCGCGCAUAGCAUAA